CUUAGUUCCUGUUCAGAAGUUUCCAUUGACGCUUCUCCUAUAGGGACAGCAAGCAACAGUGAUGAAUGAAUUUAAGAAACUUACAAAAUUAUUUCUUCAAAGAUCCUGGAAAGAAACAAACUUCUAUUUUAGAUAAGAGCCAUGCGCCUAUACCUCAUACUGUUCCUGGCAGUGGUGAAUGAAGGAACCUCCUCCCAUCGACCCUUGGAAGAAUCUCCGUGUUUAAUGGAAAAUAUGACAGCAUUUUGUCAGGACAAAUCUCUUCAAGAAAUCCCCCUGGGACUUCACCCAAAUGUCAAAACACUUGACUUGUCUAAAAAUGAGCUUCAGAACAUCACAGAAUAUCCACUCGCAUUUUAUCUUUCUAUAGAGGCUCUUGAUUUAAGUGACAACAAAAUUAGCUUUGUUCAGCCAGGCGCAUUUACUUGCAUGUCUAACUUAAAGAGGAUACAUUUUUCCGGUAACUAUUUAGAUAGAUAUAUGCAAUAUAGAGUGUCUGGAAUUGGGUUAUUGCCCCAUGUACAAUACCUGGACCUGUCAAGAAACAGCCUGUAUACAGACAUGACUGGACACUUUUUAGAAGAAGCCCCAUCACUUCAGUAUUUGUUGUUACCAGACAACAGCAUAACAAUGAUAACACCAAAUACUUUUCAUGGAUCUCCACUGUUAAAAGAGGUGGAUCUUCAUAAUAAUAUUGUCAUGGACAUAGAAGAUGGAUCUUUUGAGCACUUAAAAUAUCUUACAAAGCUUAAUCUUGCUAUGAAUUCUAUCAGCUGUGUAUCCGAUUUUAACCUUCGACAGCUGCACAGUCUCAACUUGAGCAAAAACAGUAUUGAAAUGUUCUAUACAUCAGAUUCAGACGAGGAAUUUAAACUCGAAUAUCUCGAUCUGAGUGACAAUAAACUCUUUCGUUUUCCUGUUUUACCGAGGGUGAACAAUCUUGUUUCCAUAGAUUUAUCACAAAAUUUUAUACACUUUGGUGCAGAGACUUCUCAGGAUGAUAACGAGUGGCUGAAUGAUCCUUUCCAAAUGGAGAUUGAAAGUGAAAAAAUGAAAAAUGCAAGCACUGUAAUUUUACCAAAGCUUACCUAUUUAGAUUUAAGUUACAAUGAAAUAAAAUACAUACCAGAGGAUUUCUUUAUUACGUUACCAUCUCUUAGGUUUUUAAAUCUUAGCAGAAACUGUCUUGAGGUAUUUUCUGUUGACCAAACUGUAACAUUGAACUCAUUGGUCAUACUUGACUUAAGUGGCAAUACUCUACGGAAUAUAUCACUGUCACCAACUUCUUUUUAUAGUUUACAGCAACUAUACCUACAAAAUAACCUUUUACAGACUCUAGAGUCAACCAUUUUCCAAGGUUUAAGAAGCAUUUUGACGAUUGACCUCCAAAACAAUAAUAUAAGUCUUUGCAGCCCAAGUUUGGGUAUUGUAAAACAAAGAACUGAAGAAGAAGAUGGAUGUGUAUCCUUUUUCAACAUUCCUACACUACAACAUUUGAACCUUAGACAGAACAUGAUGCCGUACGUACCUCAAUUUGCAUUUAUGGGGACUUCAUUGGCUUUUCUUGAUCUGUCAAUGAACCAAGGACUUACAAUUAGACCAAAAGCUUUGUCAGGAUUGGAAAAUUAUCUUGAAAUGCUGCAUGUGGAAGAAAAUUCUCUACAAAUAUUGAAUGUUGAUUUACAUUAUUUUGUUCAAAUGAAAUAUUUAAACCUCUCUGGAAACCAGUUGACAUGGCUACCAAUGUGGACGAAGGAUUGCAGCUUAGAAACACUUGAUUUAAGUCACAACAGUUUUAGUAAUUUGCAGCUUUGUAAUAUCCCUGUUUUGGAAAAGACUUUAAAAACACUCUCCUUACAUGGAAAUCCACUUAGCUGUUGUGAAAAUUAUUGGAUUACACAUAUGAUCCAAAGAUCUCUAGUAACUAUAAAAGCAUUGGAUUUAACAAUGUGCAACUACUCAAAAGGUUUAGAGAAUCAAAAGGAAACAUUAGUUGGACACAUCAGGUCUGAUAUCUGUGAAAAAGAAGACUUGAACAAAAUAAAUAUAAUAACCAUUUUAACUUUAGUGUUAGUAUUAUCAGUUAUUGUUAUCGGUCUGACCUCAUUCUGUUGUUAUCGAAGACAAAAAUUUAGUCAACAAUUUAAAGCUUAAACGGAAUGAUAUAUACAAUAUCAUAAAGUGAACUAUGUCUAUGAUGUUUUACCAGCUAGUACUGUGUACUUUUUUUUACCCUUUUAUUGUAAGAGAGAUUUACAGUGGACCACUCCAGUAAAGCUAAGGAGUUAAAGGGACAUAAGGUCAAAAUUAAACUUUCAUGAUUCAUAAAGAGCAUGACAUUCUAAAUUACCAAUUUUCUUCUACUAUUUCAUUUGCUAUAUUCUCUUGGUAUCAUUUGUUUAAAAGCAUACCUAUGUAAGCUCAAGAGCAGCCAAGCAGAACUGGAAGCAACCUGCUGAUUGAUGGCUUCACACAUAUGAUUCUUCUAAUUGGCCCACUACAUUUGCUCAGCUACCUCCCAGUAGUGCAUUGCUGUUCCCUCAAAAAAGAACACCAGGAUAAUAAAGCAAAUAUGAUUAUACAAGUAAAUGUAAAUCGUGAAAGAAAAAUGUGGAGUUUCAUGUCCCUUUAAAAUUAUAUUUCUGUGACUGCUGUUUUAAGUUAAAGGGACAUGGAAGUGCCAGAUAGAGGGUGCAGUUUAAAAAAUGUUCUAAUCUACUUCUAUUGUCAAGUUUACUUAUUUCUCAAUCCUUUGUUGAAGCCUCACUUCUUUCAAUUACAGAAUACCUAUAUAUGCUCAAGAGUGUGCACGUGUCUGCAACAGCAUAUGUAUUGUAUGCAUUGUAACACUGCUGCAAUAUAAUGCCGAAGGCACAUGCAUGCUUAAAAAGCCGACCUCAGUAUGCUGUCAUGGAAAGGAGACUAAUACAAUAGGAACAUUUGAUAGAAAAUUAAAUUGGAACUUUUUUUUUUUAUUUUGCCACCAAAAUCAUCACAUUUUACAUCUGCGUCUCAUGUCCCUUUAAUAAUCUGCAUAUGAGUCAUUUUUACGAUGAUUUUGAGAAGAAAUUUUAUAUAAAAGCCUGGAGACUAUAUUAUGAAGGAUUAUGGGUAUAUAUGUAAACAAACACAAAACUAGGGGAGAUCUUUAAAUAUGCGCUUAUUCCACUUCAUUAUAUUACAUUUACUAAGAAUUGUAUUUAAAUACUUUAGGCUAGAUUGGAUUGAAGCCAUAGGUGAGAUUACAAGUGGAGUGCAAAUAUUAACACACAAUCUGGCAUUACAAGUUGAUGGGUAAAUAUUUUAAUCAAAGCAUCUUAACAGAGCUAAAACUUUUUUUGAGUGUCUAUACUUUUAAUGGAUAGUGCAGGAGCACUAUUAGCGAGCUCAUUGUAUUACAAGUGAUAAAUUAAGUGUUGCACUCAAGUGCAAUCCAAAAUACCACAGUAAAACGUAUCGCCUUUUAAGACCAUCAGCUUUGCGCACCCACUGCUCAGCACACCAUUGGUUUAGCGCUUGAGCGUUAUCCAACAUGAAAUUUACUUUACGCCCCCCUAGAAGUCUAUUGCGUGAGAGAUUUAGCGCACUAACAUUAUCAGGCAUGAAGAUGUCAGCUCGCCCUUACUUUGUACUAACAUGAGCUCAAAAAUAAAGACUUUAUUAAUUGCGCUUGAGCAAUGUUAACGCACAAUAGUGUUCAUAUUUUUGCAUUCCACUUGUAAUCUAUCUCUUGGGGGCCCAUUUAUCAAAGGGCUUGCGGACCUGAUCCGACACUGCGGAUCAGGUCCGCAAGACCUCGCUAAAUGCGGAGAGCAAUACGCUCUCCACAUUUAACAUUGCACCAGCAGCUCACAAGAGCUGCUGGUGCAACGCCGCCCCCUGCUGACUCGCGGCCAAUCGGCCGCCAGCAGGGAGCUGUCAAUCAACCCGAUCGUAUUCGAUCGGGUUGAUUUCCGGCGGUUCCUGUCCGCCUGCUCAGAGCAGGCGGACAGGGUUAUGAAGCAGCGGUCUUUAGACCGCUGCUUCAUAACUUGUGUUUCUGGCGAGUCUGAAGACUCGCCAGAAACACGGCCCUUCAAGCUCCAUACGGAGCUUGAUAAAUGGGCCUGAUAAUGUUUAAAACCAUCAAAUUAAAGGGAAAGAAAUCAAUACUAGCAGCUUUCUCCUUAAAGCGUGCAACUAAUAGGCACAGCUAUUAAUGUCUAUGUGACAUGCAACCUGUAUUUAUUAACAACAACAAUGAUGUUGCUAUGAAAUUGUUUGCUGUCAUUAAAGGGACAUUAUACACUGUUUUUUUAUUUCCAUAAAUGUUUUGUAGAGGAUCUAUUUAUAUCGGCCAUAAAGUUUUUUUGUUUUUUUAAAUAGAUAGUUUUGCUUAUUUUAAAUAACAUUGCUCUGAUUGCCAGACUCCUAACCAAGCCCCAAAUAUUUAGGAGAAUACUGAUGUAUACCUACUCCAGCUUGCUCCUGUUUGUGUAAAGAGUCUUUUCAUAUGCAAAGUAAGGGGGAGGGGGGGGGAGUGUCUGAUAUUUCCCACUUGCAGUGGGUGUUCCAGUAACCUUUUAAACAGAGCUAAACUGGAAGCUUCUAAGAAAGUUUUUAAACUGUUUUAAUACUCUAUUUUUAUAUCAGUAUCUGUGUUUAUUAUUCUUUAUAGUAGUGUCUAUUACAUGCAGUUAUAUGGAAAUUGGUGUAUACUGUCCCUUUAAGCUGACUCUAACCUUUCUUUUCAUGCUGCUAUGAAGUCUUUAUUACCAGCUGCUGCACUUGAAAAAGGUGAGCAGAAGAAGGAGGAAUAUAUUUUAAGUCCUGUAUUAAAUGUUUUAAGAAAAUGAAAAUAAUUUUUUACAUGAAUAUUUUUAAUUCAGUUUUUUUCGGCCAUAUUGGUCAAUAUACACCAAGGGGCCGAUUUAUCAUCGGUCUGUCCUACAUGAUCCGCUGUCGCCAUUUAUCAUUGCACAAGCAGUUCUUGUGAACUGCUUGUGCAAUGCUGCCCCCUGCAGAUUUGCGGCCAAUCUGCCACUAGCAGGGGAUGUCAAUCAGCCCGAUCAUAUGAGAUUGGGCGGAUUGAUGUCCGCAGCCUCAGAGCAGGCGAACCAGUUAAGGAACAGCGAUCUUAAGACCGUGGCUUCAUAACUGCUGUUUCCGGCGAGCCUAAAGGCUCGCGUGGAAACAGGAGCAUCAGGGGCCAUUCAGGCCUUGAUAAAUCGGCCCCUAAGUAAGCCUUUUAUUAUAACAUUAUUGAUAAAAUAUGCCCUGGAUGGAGACACAAUUUACAUCAGCAUAAAAAGCACCCCACCAACUUAAUAUAGUUUUAAUUAAAUAUAUAAAAAGUGCAAUAUACAAUGUGAUUACAAAACAAAUAGAAUGCUGCCACUGUUCCAGUCUCUACUUAUAGAUCCCUUCAAACUCAUGAGCCCUCACUUUAGCUGCAGAAGCUUGAAAUAAAACUCUUGAGAAAGUUUGCACAAAAACGUAGAGGAAUUUGAUGCUACUCAAGAUUCCUCAGGCAAAGUGCAGCCAGGGGUGUUUCUGGGUAAUCUCUUUUUAUAUAUUUAAAUCAAAGACUUUUUAGAUUACUUGUAUUAAAUUUGGAUGCAGGAUUACCAGUGAGUGUUCCUGGAAAAGCUGUGGGAUAGGUCUGUAAACAGAUCUAAAUUAAACUCCAUGGUCUUGUAACUCCUGUCAAUAAUAUGUCCCCACGAGACCACAAAUGAGACAUGAGUGCCUUCAACUCCUGCCCAUACCAGGUCAUCAAUAAAAACCUCAGGCGUGUAGCUGUUAUUACCUAUUUGCCCACCUCUAUGUUCUCAUUAAUUUAGGGUCUUGUUUUCUUACAUUCAUUUUACUGGAGAUGUAGUUGAAAACUAUGCUGUCUAAUUUGAUAAUGGACGUUCAUUGGGGGACUGUUUUUUUUAUUUUGCUUACACAUUGUUUCAUUCUUAUUCUACAUUAAGAACCCACUAUUUUUUAAGAGUGGCUCCUGUGGUCUUUUAUAAAUGAAGUCUACCCCUUUAAAUGUAAGGCAAGUAUACCAUAGCCAUUUCAUGUGCAGAUGAAGUUAAAGGAACAUUAAGCUCAAAAUUAAAUCAAAUUACUUAUUUUCUGCUCUUUUAUGUAACAUAUGACUGGAGUGAAUCUUAAUGGAUUCAUAACUUUGAGCCUACAGCAUUGUAUACAUUGAUUGCUUGAUCAGCACAAGAUCUAAUUUAUAGCUGUCCCUAAUUUUGUGCAAUAUGGGCUAGAUUUAUAAAGCUGAGGCGGACAGGGGCGCAUACCAUUGCACACGAGCGCUAUUCUGCGCUUGCGUUCAAUCCCACAGCCAAUCACGUGCGGGCAGGAGCUGUCAAUCUCCCCGGUCGGACUAGAUUGUGGAGAUUGAAUUUCGCCACCUUAGAGGUGGCGAAAGGUUAGGAAAGCAAUGGUCUGAUGACCGCUGUUUGUUAAAUACAGUGAGCAGGUUCUCUUGUGAGAACCAGCAGCUGUAGGGGCUCAAAGACUGGCGAAAGCCUUUGAUAAAUGGACCCCUAAAGGGGAAAAGGUAAACAUGUUCAAACAGAUUUUCAAGGGGUAUGGCACUGGACUGCAAAGCAUUGCUAGUCUUGCUGAUGAAAUUAUAGUUUUAUAUGAUUUUAAAAUACUUGCUUUGCAUUUAGUAUCAGAUAUAUAUGCUAUUCAUUUAAAAAAAAGGAUUCCAAAUUUGAAAACUAAUGAUACCUUGAUCUUUGCUGGAUGGCUGUCGCCCUGCUAAAGUAUUUUUAUUUUCUUUUGCUGGCAGAUCUAAGCCGUUUAGGACCAGAUUACAAGUUGAGUGCAAAAUUAAGCUUUCGCUAUAUUUGAGCUCCACUCGUAAUACCAGCACAUGCAUUUGUGCGCUGGUAUUUGAAGCGGCCUUUAAUAUUGCAGAAAUAAUUUUCAAGAGAUUUUAAAGACAUUUUUAUAUUCACAUAGUAUAUAUUAGCAAUUAAGCAUUGCCUUGCAGAAAACCCUGUAUAUAAAUUAGACAAUUUUUAAUAGUUUUUAAACAUUAUUUUGUUAUUGAGGAACAUAUACCUUGAAAUGUCUCUUGAUCAUGUUUAUUGUAUCUUUAUCAUAUCUUCUUUGCUGCAACCAAUUAGGGACAUAUAUAAAUGACCAUUAUGCAUCGUUCAAGCAAUCACUGUAAAACAAGUCCCAGGAAAAAACAAGCAAAUAUUAUAAAGGGACAUUAAACACAUUGUAAUUGUAAUAUAAAAUAUUAAUUAUGAGUAGUAAAUCAACUUUGUAAUAUACUUUAAUUAUUCAUUUUAACACCUCUCUGUCUUCCUGUAUUAUAACUCUAUGGCCCCUAUUUAAUAAAGGUCUGUCGGACCUGAUCCGACAGUGCGGAUCAGGUCCGACAGACCUCACUGAAUGCGGAGAGCAAUACGCUCUCUGUAAUCAGCAUUGCAGCAGCAGCUCUUGUGUACUGCUGGUGCAAUGCCGUCCCCUGCAGAUUCGCGGCCAAUCGGCCGCUAGCAGGGGGUGUCAAUCAACCUUUAGAGCAGGCGGACAGGUCAUGGAGCAACGGUCUUUAGACCCUCAAACUUCUUCCGGAGUUUGAUAAAUGGGCCCCUAUAAAUUAAGGGUUUUCCACAUCUGAGGAUUGUAAGUGUGCACUGUAUACAUCAUUCACCUUACCCUACUACAUAGUUGUGCCUUAUUCUCUGCAACAGAGAAAAUUAAUAUUAUAACAAUACCGAUGAUUUUACUAACAAAAUGACAGUGGUCAGAUGUGUCUACUCCUAAAAAUUCAUAAUCAGCUGCUCCAAAUAUUGGUUGAAGUUUGGCAGCUGAAAAACCACUGCAGCAAACAAGGUGUUAAUACAUAAAAAAAAAACCAUACUUGCCUAGUAUGUUAAUUAAUUGUAUGAUAGCAGAACAAUAUUGUAAUUACAAGGUAUGUCUCUUAAAUAAAGCAUAUUACAUGUUUUUCUAUUCAUGAUUAAACAUUGUUUAGCAAGUUGUAUUUAAUUUCGUUUAAGGGUUAAUCUUCAUGAAGCUGAACAAAAUCUGUUGUGUUUAGAUUGUGUUUAGCUGUUGUAUUUGGAAUUUUCUAUUGACACUAAUGAAUGUUAUCCCUGUGACACAUUUAUACUUCAUAUUGUAGAGAGAUGACUUUACACUGCACUAUGUGCAGAAGUUAAAGAAGAGAAAUGUAGCUGAGAUAAUUGUUUACCUAUAGUGUAUGAAGGAUUUAAUGCUAUCGGAACUCUGUUCUUGAAUGUAUUUUUGUUUUAUUAUUAUUUUCUGAAUGUAUUUUGCAUAAAAUAAACAUAUUUUAAUAAA